AUGGAUAUCGAAAUGCAAAGUGUGGUAGGAUAUUCGUCUUCAACAGCAACACCAAUUGGGCAAGGAGCUAGUGAUAUGAAGGUUAAAGAGAACUUCGUUACAGAAUCAAUCCAAGAGGAUGAUUUGGAACGAGGCUCCAUAGAUGUUCUUAUUGAUGAAAAACCUUCGCAUCAAAUGCAAAGAGGUCUCAAAUCGAGACACAUGCAGUUGAUUGCGCUUGGUUGUGCCAUUGGGACUGGUCUUUUCAUUGGUACCGGUGGAGCACUCAGUACAUGCGGUCCAGCACCUCUACUUAUUUCAUAUAUCAUCAUGUCGUUCUUUGUUUGGACUAUUAUGCAUCAAUUAACCGAAAUGGUUGUUUUAACACCGAUUCCAGGUGAAGCAUCAAUGUACGCAUUAGCCAGAGCCUAUUUGAAUAGGCCAUUAUCGUUUAUGUGUGGUUGGAAUCUAUUCUAUGCGCAGGCCAUGAUUGCGCCCAGUGAAAUUACCGCCUCUACAUUGUUAAUUCAGUAUUGGACGGAUGCUAAUUCCGCUAUAUUUGUUUCAAUUUUUAUCGUGAUAACUAUUGCGGUUACUGCUCUACCUGUUAAGGUCUUCGGUGAAAGUGAAUUUUGGGUCUCAAUGAUUAAAUUGAUUACCAUUACUGGGUUAAUCAUUUUGGGUGUUGUGAUUUUCUUUGGUGGUGGUCCCAAUCAACACCAUGUUCUAGGAUUUCACUAUUGGAAACAUCCUGGAGCUUUUAAACCACAUAUUUCUACUGGUAACACUGGAAAAUUUCUUGCAGUUUGGACCGCUAUUAUUAAGAGCGGAUUUGCCUUUAUAUUAUCACCGGAGACACUUACUUCAUGCUCCGCAGAAGCAGAUCGUCCUCGUAGAAACAUGCCUAGGGCUGCUAAUCGGUUUGUUUGGAGACUAAUGCUAUUCUACAUCGGAGGUGCUUUGGUCGUGGGAGUUACAGUAGGUUAUGAUAAUCAGAAUUUGUUGAGUGCCAUUGCCUCAGGACAAUCCAAUGCUGCAGCUUCACCAUUUGUCAUCGGAAUCAAAGAGGUUGGUAUUAAAGUACUUCCACAUAUUAUCAAUGCUGCUAUUCUUACUGGUGCCUAUUCGGCGGGUACAGCAGAAAUGUAUGGUGCCUCCAGAAUGCUACAUUCUAUGGCCCUCAAAGGCAAUGCUCCUAAAAUUUUCGCAAGGGUAAACAGAUACGGUGUACCCUAUUACAGCAUCAUUGUACCUUCAUGCUUCUGUUUUCUGGCCUAUUUGAACUGUUCUAACUCUGCUUCACAAGUGUUCACUUGGUUAACAAACAUUUCAACUAUUUCUGGUUUUAUCAGUUGGGUCUUUGUAUCGAUCACUUAUGUCAGGUUCAGGAGAGUCAUCGAUUAUUUGGAUCUAAAUGAUAGGAUAAAAUUUAGAAAACCAUUCCAAAGGAUUUUUGCAUACUUUUCUGGAUGCUUUUUCGUUAUCUUAAGUUUGACAAAUGGGUAUGCAGUUUUCACAAAAGGUAAUUGGUCUGUAAGUGACUUCUUUGCCAACUAUAUUACCAUUGGUUUCGUUGUGGUUCUCUUUAUUAUGGGAACAGCUUAUUAUAAAGAAUGGAGAUUUAGAGAUAUGGAGGAGAUUCGUUCCGAAUUGAUUCCAAAGAUAGAUAUGGCUGAUGAGGAAGAAAGUAAUGAAAUCGUCAUUGAACCUACAACCUGGUAUGGUAAAUUAGGUAACGUACUUAUCUAG